GCUUGAUGGAAAAUUUGACUCUUGGAACCAAUUUUUAUAAAACAAAUCCUUUGAGAUCAUACAGAACCGGGCAUCAUAACCCGGAUAAAAUAUUCAGUAGCAACAAUAGAAAUAGAAGACAGGAUAUCAAGAGGCUCAGAAAGAUGCUACCUUUAUACAAGACACCUUAUAAAAAGAACGAUUUUUACAUAUAAACGAGUGCGAAAUUAUAUCUAGUGCCUCAGGAAUAAAAACUAUGCCAAAGAGAAAGAAGAUAGAGACCAAAAAUGGUCUUGGAAAAAUGAAAAACCAAAACUCUCAUAGCUUUGAGAAACCUAUUGCUUCUUUGAUGAAGCUAUCUGAGAGCUACACUCCUUUAUCUAUAAAUGAAUAUGCCGUCAAAUCGAAGAGAAAGAGCACCGUCAUUUAUGAUGAAAAGAGUGUCGCAUGACCUAAGAAAACACAGAAACGGAAUAGUAUGGUUGAAUCAGACAUAAAAUAAGAAGCAGUCAAUUAAUGAGGUUUUGAAGUUUGUUAGCUCUCCUUCACCUAAUACUUAUGCACACAUGAGCAGGGAAAGAAACAAAACUAAUCGUUCAAAAAGAAGAGAUCCCUCAUUAAAGCAUGCAAAGGUUAGCGUAAUCAGCUGAGACAAGGUCCUAAAGUCUUAAAGGUUAAUAAAAUAUGAUGAACAAUGAAGCCCAAACUAAAGCCGAAAACAGGACCUUGCCAUGAAGCUCAGUCCUUUAGUGACCUAGUAAUGAUCCCAGAUGAAUUCUCUGCUGAAAAGGCUAAAAUUAAUGCCCUCAAAGAUCUAAUAUCUACCUUAAAGGAAGAGAAUACUGAACUCAGAGAUGCCCUAA